AUUUUUAUUAGUUUAAUAUAUACUAAAUAAUUCGGGUCUCAAAUCUCAUUGAUUGUUUUCGAGGUUUGUCCGCAAAAUAUUCAAAUAUAUGAUAAAAGGAAUUGUUUGUGGUUGUGAUACCAGUUGGGUUGACAAUACAAUACGAAACUGUAAUGAAACGAAUAUAUCCCGUACAUAAACUAAAAUAGCGGGGCGUUCACUGUUGACACUUCUUCUGCGCAUGCGCGGUAUCAUAGCAACAGUGGUAAACAGUGAACCGGUGGCAGAGAUGUCAUCGCCGCGGGAGCUAGAGGCAGCAGAAUACCUCAAGAAACACAAAAUUAUUGAGCUUAUGGAUAAUUUAACUAGUAUGCUCUUCUUCUACAGACCAGAUCGUCCUCGAGAAUUUCUGAUCGACCAGCUUGAAAAGCUGAAAGUUUCCGAGGUUCAUCCAGGAAAGCCUCCGUGCCUCUUUAACGAGUCCAAUUUAGAUGCUCUGUUUGGAGUCCUGGACCCUUCCCAUCAAGGAUUCAUCACUUAUAGUCAAUACAAAGAAGCACUGAAGACACUUGGCAUCAAGAAUUUCAAUGAGUUCCCAGAAGGAGCCAGUGAUGACAGAAUAUCACAAGAGACGUUCAUGAGAGAGGCGACAGAAGGGCUUGUCGGAAGUGCAGCAACAUUCCAGCUAUAGGAGAACUCUGUCCUAA